GUCGGGACUGUCUGGACGAUCGACAGCUCGGAGGACGGAAGUUUUGUGGUGACGGGGGGGGAGGACGGGAAGCUUGUGCUGUGGCGAUGGCGGGAGGACGGAGAGGGGAUAGAGGAGCAGAUGAUGUUUGAAGGGCAUGAGGGAGCAGUUUACAGCUGCUGCUUCAUGCCGGACGAGCGGUGGAUGGUGAGCUCGUCUCAAGACUUCACGGUGAGGCGCUGGAAGCGAGAGCAGGGCUGGACCAACGCGGGAGGAGUGCGCGAGGUGUUCAAGGAGAAGCUCAGCGGCUGCUCCAUCACCUGCGCCGCCUUCACCCCCAACCAUCUCUACCUCCUCGCCGGCACUUCCGAUCACUCGGUCGUCCUCUGGUCCCUCGACAAGCACAAGCUCCUCCGCACCCUCCGAGGACACGCCGCUGCCAUCUCGUGUCUGCGAGUCACGUCCGACAGCUCCAAGGUCGCGUCGGGCUGCGGCAAGGGAGUGAUCUGCUUGUGGCAGACCGACACAGGGCUCAGGCUCCAGAGGUUCAGCGAGCACUCGGACAAGAUCCACGCGCUCGACCUCGACCUCUCCGCCUCCAUCAUGAUCAGCGUCGCCGAGGACGCCACCCUCAAGCUCUGGAACCUCAAGCCUGCAACGUCCGCCCCCCAGCAGACUCCCGGCCUGACUGACGGGCAUCAGAGCUACGUGCGGGACUUGGCGUUCGCGCCGGACAGCAAGCGGCUGAUCUCGUGCGGCAUCGACGGCAAGCUCAAGCUCUGGUCCCUCCGCAACGGGCUGCUGCUCCGCAACCUGGUGGGGCACGACAAGGAGGUGAAGCAGCUGAGAGUGUCGCCUGACGGCCGCGUCGUCUUGUCUUGCUCCCUCGACGGCACCGCCAGGAUGUGGAACACGGACACAGGGAGGGAGCAGUUUAUGGUGAGGGAGACAAGAACAGGGAGGACGUUGCAGAGCUUCGAGCUGGCUGAGCCGAUAGACUUUGCGGCAGACGACGAGCUAGUCGCCACUUGCUCCGACGACUACCUCGCGCGCGUGUGGCGAGUGACGUCUGACCCGAGGCUCUCGCGCGUCAAGUCACUGCGAGGCCACGCGGCUGCCGUCCACUGCGUCUGCUUCUCCCCCGACCGGAGCCUCCUCGCCACCGGCUCCUACGACUCCAGUGUGAAGCUCUGGAGUUCCCAGACGUGGAAGUGCAUAGCGACGGUGCUGGGGCAUACGAAUAGCGUGCAUGCCGUCGCGUUUGACAUGUUCGGGCAGAAGCUUGUCACG